GAGAUGCCUGACACUGACACAAUCGUCUCCAACACGCCGAGGUCGGAGAUACAAAAAGACCCCGGCGUUCGAGGAAAAUAUGGCCGAACCGAAAUGCAGAGCUGAACUCAUCAAAUAUUGGAUGAACAUUACCUUUGAUAAGCGGACGGCCAACAAGAAGCUGUGGGUAUCAGAGGGCGGGGCUAAGGUGGCUCGCUUGACCGAUGACAUCACCUGUCCCGUCUUGGAGGGACCGGAGAGAUUUGAGUAUAUGCCUCAGGUAUUGUGCAAGGAAGGCGUCGAAGGUUUCCGAGCAUACUGGGAGGUGGAGUGUUUAGGCUGGGUGGUGGUCGGUCUGGCCUACCAGAACGCCGGAAGGAGGAACAAGCAAGGCUGCUGCGGCCUCGGAGACAAUGAGGAUUCCUGGGGUCUGGGCUGGAGCGGUUCUUCUUAUCACGCCUGGCAUGAAGGUCAAGUUCGCGUGAUCCCGGAGAUUCCCAAAUCUUCCGUGUUAGGCGUGUACAUCGAUCAGCCUGCCGGGAUCCUUAACUUCUACGCCGUGGAAAAGAAAGAGGACAAGGAGGAGGAGGUGAAACUCCUGCAAUGCAUAAAGAGCUGCUUUAGGGAGAAGAUGUUGCCAGGGGUCUGGCUGGGGGUCGAUUCGCACUGUGUGGUCCGAAGGAGGGAGGAAUAAAGGACUGACUUUAUGGAUACACUAAAAGAAAGGAUAUGCAUACUUUAUGGAUAGACUAAAAUUUUUUAUCAUAAUCCCUAUUUUCCGGACCAUAAGCCGCACUGGUAUAUAAGCCGCACCCACUAAUUUUAAUGGGAAACAUUUUUGUUCAAACGUGAGCCACACCGGACAGUAAGCCGCAUAUAAAUACCUGCUACGUUUUGAAAUGGGUUAUUUACAAGCAAAGAUUUUGUAAAAGUUUAUUUACGUACCUAAAUUGUUUCCAAACGGUGCCUGUGACACGGCAGUAAAAAGGCUGAUCAAACAAAAACGAAAAAUCAUUCAUGUCCUUAUUCAUCAUUUAUGAGAUAAAUAAAACGUCCUUUUCAAUAAGGUUUAAAGGCCUACUGAAAUUAGAUUUUCUUAUUUAAACGGGGAGAGCAGGUCCAUUUUAUGUGUCAUACUUGAGCAUUUCGCGAUAUUGCCAUAUUUUUGCUGAAAGGAUUUAGUAGAGAACAUCCACGAUAAAGUUCGCAAAUUUUGGUGCUGAUAGAAAAGCCUUGCCUUUACCGGAAGUCGCAGACGAUGACGUCACAAGGGUGAGGGCUCCUCACAUCCUCACAUUGUUUUUAAUGGGAGCCUCCAGCAGCAAGAGCUAUUCGGACCGAGAAAACGACAAUUUCCCCAUUAAUUUGAGCGAGGAUGAAAGAUUUGUGGAUGAUGAUAUUGAUAGCGAAGGACUAGAAAAAAAUAAAACAUAAAUAAAUAAAUAAAAAGCGACGGCUCCGGGCGGCGGCAGUGUGAGCGUUUCAGAUGUAAUUAGACACAUUUACUAGGAUAAUUCUGGAAGAUCCCUUAUCUGCUUAUUGUUUUAAUAGUGUUUUAGUGAGAUUGUAAAGACAUACCUCGAGGUCGGAUGGCUGCAGUGAACACGCAGUGUCUCAGAGAGAAGCCGAGGAGCCAAGCUUACAGCUGCCUUUUAAACAGCUACUGAAGGAGGACGAAUAAUCCAAUGAUGUCUCCGGUAAGAUAUAUAAUCACGAUUUUCCCAUCCAAAAACAUGCUGGUUGACGUAGAGAAACAGGUUCGCUUGACCGCUCUGUGUUAAAAACAAAGAAACACCGGUUGUGUCUCGGUGCUAAAGACAGCUGCAAUACACUGCUUUCCACCAACAGCAUUGUUCUUUAUAGUCUCCAUUAUUAAUUGAAUAAAUUGCAAAAGAUUCAGCAACACAGAAGUCCAAAAUACUGUGUAAUAUGCAAUGAAAAGAGACGACUUUUAGCCGUAACUGGUGCUGAGCUAAUAUCUCCUGACAGUCCGUGACGUCACGCGCCCGCGUCAUCAUUCCGCGACCUUUUCAACAAGAAACUCCGCGGGUAAUUUAAAAUUGCAAUUUAGUCAACUAAACAGGCCGUAUUGGCAUGUGUUGGAAUGUUAAUAUUUCAUCAUUGAUAUAUAAACUAUCAGACUGCUUGGUCAGUAGUAGUGGGUUUCAGUAGGCCUUUGAAAGGAUACGGAUUCUUCUUCCUCGUAUUUUGUAAAUAAUUAAAGUUUGAACAGUUUCUUGAAGUGGAUCAUUUUAGUACAUUGUAUCAUUUAUUUGAGUAAUCCAUUCCAUAAUUUAGCCGUGGGCGAAGAAAAAUCUAUAGAUAAGUCGCACCUUCGUAUAAGCCGCAGGGUGCAAAGCUUGGGAAAAAAACAGUGGCUUAUAGUCCGGAAAAUACGAUAUAGAAGUGUUUAACACAGAGAGCAUAUUACUAUUAUUGAUAAUGUUUAACACAGAGCGUAUAUUAGUUAAAUGGAAUGAUCUUUUAAAGUGAAAAAAAAAAAAAAUACAUUCAUCAUAUUAUUUUCAUAUUACACUGCAUACGCUUUUUGGAUGAACGACUACUAAAUUUCUAAAGAGAGUUAAUAGAUAAUGUUAGUGGAAUGAGUUCCUGCAAGCUUGUCAAGUAUGGCAUAAAGUGUCAACUUUCAAAUUACACUGCAUACUUUUUUCUUAACUAAUUGAUGUUUGAUUUAAUUGUAUUUUGUAUACUGUGUUUUUUUCCUCCAUUAUCAUUUUUAAAUGUUUGUUGUGGAUGUACUGUACAUAUGAUAGUGGUAGUAAUAAAAAAAGUCUAACGGA